GUGCAGCGGAGGAGAUUUUAAUUGGCGCAUGGGGGUGGCUUCGUGCUGAAACUGGCUGCCUCCCCUCAAGGGAGGGGAAGGAAAAGUGUCAGGAACUUUGCUGACUUUCUUUAAGCACCUCUCUCUCUUCUCCCACAGGUCGUCUCUGCUCUCACCAUUCCUCCUGCCACCGGCGUUAGCCGCUUCCCCGAUCCCGCGGCAGAGAGGGGGUUAGAGCCCACGGCCCCACCAUGAACGAAGUGUCGGUUGUGAAGGAGGGCUGGCUGCACAAGAGAGGGGAAUACAUCAAAACGUGGCGUCCCCGGUAUUUCCUGCUGAAAAGCGACGGAUCUUUCAUUGGCUAUAAGGAGCGGCCAGAGACGUCCGACCACAGCUUGCCACCUCUGAAUAACUUCUCGGUAGCAGAGUGCCAGCUGAUGAAGACUGAGCGGCCUCGGCCCAACACCUUCGUCAUCCGAUGCCUGCAGUGGACGACAGUCAUCGAGAGGACCUUCCAUGUGGACUCUCCUGAAGAGCGCGAGGAGUGGAUGCGAGCCAUCCAGACGGUAGCGAACAGCCUAAAGAACCAGGAACCGGAGGCAGACCUCAGGAAUUACAAGUGCAGAUGUCCCGACGACAGCACCAGUGCUGAGGAGAUGGAGGUGGCUGUCAGCAAAACCCGCACCAAGGCUACCAUGAAUGAUUUUGAUUACCUGAAGCUCCUGGGAAAGGGCACUUUUGGCAAAGUCAUCUUGGUGCGGGAAAAGGCCACUGGCCGCUAUUACGCCAUGAAAAUCCUACGGAAAGAGGUCAUCAUUGCAAAAGAUGAGGUGGCACACACUGUCACAGAAAGCCGGGUGCUGCAGAACACCAGGCACCCCUUCCUCACCGCACUGAAAUACGCCUUUCAGACCAACGACCGGCUGUGCUUCGUCAUGGAGUAUGCCAACGGCGGAGAGCUGUUUUUCCACCUCUCAAGAGAACGUGUCUUCACGGAGGACCGAGCCCGUUUCUACGGUGCAGAAAUAGUCUCUGCGCUGGAGUACCUGCACUCCCGGGAUGUGGUGUACAGGGACAUUAAGCUGGAAAACCUCAUGCUGGACAAAGACGGCCACAUCAAAAUCACCGACUUUGGGCUCUGUAAGGAAGGCAUCACGGACGGAGCCACCAUGAAGACCUUCUGUGGCACUCCUGAGUACCUGGCUCCAGAGGUCCUGGAGGACAAUGAUUACGGCCGUGCCGUGGACUGGUGGGGCCUGGGAGUUGUCAUGUAUGAGAUGAUGUGUGGUCGCCUCCCCUUCUACAAUCAGGACCACGAACGCCUCUUUGAGCUGAUCCUUAUGGAGGAGAUUCGGUUCCCUCGUACCCUCAGCCCUGAGGCCAAGUCCUUGCUGGCCGGGCUGCUCAAGAAAGAUCCCAAACAGAGGCUCGGCGGAGGUCCCAACGACGCCAAGGAGGUGAUGGAGCAUCGCUUCUUUGCCCCCAUCAACUGGCAAGAUGUGGUUCAGAAGAAGCUGGUCCCACCAUUCAAGCCCCAAGUGACAUCUGAGAUAGACACACGGUAUUUCGAUGACGAGUUCACCGCCCAGUCCAUCACCAUCACCCCUCCGGAUCACUAUGACAACAUGGGCUCCCUGGAGAACGACCAGCGGACGCACUUCCCCCAGUUCUCUUACUCCGCCAGCAUACGGGAGUAACCAGCCGCGGCAGCAUUCGGCCUCUGAGGAGGAGGAGAAGGGUUUGGGGGUUUGCUCGCCGCAGGAGGGACUGCUCUUCUGUGCCCAGCAGAAGUGGGGGGACACUGUGACUUGCUGGUGCUGCGCCGCGGCGCCUUUUGGAAGCCGUACCCCCACCAAGUGCUCUUGGUCUGCAGCUCCCACCCCGGCACCAGGAUGUCAGGAUGUGCCUCCUGCCCCUAGCCUGGGACUGCUUUGAUUUUAAUUAUCAUUAUUAUUAUUAUUAUUAUUUUCUUUUUUUUUUUAA